AUGAACUUCCAAAACCUCAACUUCGACUUUGUGGAAGGAUCUCGCCAAGGCCCUCCAAAGAGACAAACUCCAGGCCAGCAAUCAAUUGACGACGACGAUCAAUCGCAGCCAAUCCUUCAUCCUUACUAUGAUCUUAGACAGCGUGUAGGCCGCAACUCAACCAACCCUUCAGCAUCGCCACCUGGUGCUCUCUUCUUCGCUCCUUCGCCUCCCUCACUACCUCCAUCCAAGGUCACUGCCUCAUCAGCUGAGAUUUACGGUCCCGAACGACUCUUCGGCUCUGAACUUCCUGGAGGCUUUGCAGCGCCUACACCGCCAACACAAACACAUUACACUGCUCCGCCUAGGCCUCGAUCAGCUCGCAGUGCUCGGGCUGCACCGCCUACUUCUGUUGCUCUCGCAAGUCCUCCUGCGGCUGUUCGUCCUACAUCUGUACGCUUCGACGAGGCACAACUGGCCAUGUUCGCCGCCGAGAACUCAGCUCGCAUGGCGAGCAUCAAGGAUGAAUUGACGAUAGCCGCUGGCAAAGUCACUCCUGGUGUCGACGAUACGCCUUAUAUUCAGUAUGCUCUCGAAGCACUUACCAGAAAUCACGGUGGUCCUUCUACCGCGCGAUUCCCCUCUGGUUCAUCAAAUGACUAUGAGGAUGAUUACGCGCAACCAAGACGGUAUGCCAACGACGAGAUGGGACACCAUCAAUUGAGACGCCCGGAGCCCGCUUACGUUGAAGAUCGUUUACCAGAACCGAUCGAAACACGCGCGCCCCAAGAAGAGAACCCUACCGAGAUGUUCCACGCCGCGCCAGCGGCUCGUCACGAAGUGCGAAAUCCUCCUAAACCACCGACUCCCUCAAGCCAAUCUGAACAAGACCAAUUCGCCCAACGGGAAAAGGCUCGUCCUCGAUCCAUCCCCGUCGACCGAGCGCAUCCUCCUCUCACAUUUAAACCCGCCAUUAUUCGACCAAUCUCUCUAAGCAUCUUUGCUGUACUGUGUCUGCUCAUGAUCGCCGCUCUCAUCUUCUGCGCUGUCUACUCACAGAAAGAAUUCGGAUUCACCCCGUAUCCUGGAAGUAUAUAUAGCGGCCAAUACUUCUUGUUUCGCAUCAUGCCUCAAAUUUUCGCCGCCAUUGUCCUCCUUUACGCGCAAUCGGUUGUCGCUGCUUCAAUGCGAACACUCCCAUUCGCGGCCAUGGCCGAUGCUGAGCCCCGAGCACGAUACCUUGCACUUUUCCGAAGAUUGUAUCCUCUAACUUUCUUGUUACCGUCGCUGACAGGCCCUUGGCAAUUUCAAUUCUUCAGUGUUUGCACAUGGCUCGCCAACUUCACCAUUCCUCUCAUGAGUACUGCCUUCUCUUGCAUCUAUCAAGAUGGCAACUGGGUUUGGGCUGCAGUUCAGGGUAUCGCUUGGACGCUUGUCGCAAUCUAUAUUCUGUUGCUCAUUGCAACCAUCUUGCUGAUGCUGUACUGGUCUAAGCGGUGGACAGGCCUCAUGUGGGAUAUCCGAUCUCUGGGGCAUCUUCUUCCACUACUGAGCCAGAGCAACACCACCAAAAGCUAUGAGGGCGUCGAUGUGGUUCAAAGAAGCUCCUUGUUUCAGGCUCAACUCCGGGAUCGCCAUCUCGACCGACUCGGAUACUGGCAGAUGGAUGGUCCACAAGGUGGCAUGUGGUACGGCAUCGGUUCUGUUGGCGAAGAUUUCCAAGGCGACCGCAGUACUUACAAAAUCAUUCCCAAGAAGGCCAGCUACAACAUCUCACCUGCUUCAUCCCGUGAUGAUCUUGAGGCCGAGGUCCGCUAUGCGCAUUAUAGGUACUUGCACAUUGCUCUACGCACUCCCGUCAUUCUCGGCUCGGUCGUCUUCAUGACUCUUUUCAUUCUGGCCAUUCUUGUGGUUUCUUUCUUGCCACAGACCAGGCUGGAUCAGGGUUAUUUCCCUCAAGUCCCAGCAAGGCCCAAUGGCGGAUCUUUCUCUGCGGCCAACUUCCUCUACGCCUUUGUCCCUUCGGUUUUGGGCAUGAUCAUGUUCCUACUCUUCCAAAGCGUCGACCAUGCUCUGCGGGUUCACCAACCUUGGGCAGAACUAUCCAGGUCAUCUGGCUCAAUCGCAUCCAAGUCCAUCCUCGUCGACUACGCCGCCUGCCUUCCGUUCCAAUGUACUUGGAACGCUCUUCGCAACGGCCAUUGGCGAGUUGCAGUGAUGUCUUUCAUGGCCACCGUCUUCAUUUUUAUCCCCAUCCUCGCUGGUGGCCUUUUUAUGGCCCUCACCAACUUCCGCGGCCAAGUCAAGAUGUUUCCCAACAUGCCUGUCUUCGGCGUACUACUUGCCUUUUUGUUCCUCUACCUUGGCUGCCUCACUCUGAUGCUGCCUCGUCGUCAAGCUCUCCGCAUUCCCCAUCCUGUCAACUGUCUCGCAGAGCUCAUCGCCCUGUGCACAGCUGAGGACACAGUUCAUGACGAAGCCUUCUUAGCUGUCCGUGACACCGCAGACCUCAAAUCACGUUUGGGCCUCGACCGUCCCAACUCUCGUGAGCAAUCGAGAUGGUACUUUGGCGUUGCAGCAGGCCGCGACGAGCGUCGCUUGAGCGUUCGCCCCAUGCAAAAGUUUACCGAGAAGAUGAGAUCGACAAGGUCUCUGUAA